AUGUCUUCCCUUCCUACCUUGAUCUUUUGCCAUGGCGCCUGGCACACUUCAGAGUAUUGGGACACGGUCAUGAACGACCUCCAAAACAAGGGUUAUAAAUGCCUAGCUCCCGCACUCAUCUACAACGGUGGAGAGAAGCCCAUCCAAACAAUGACACCUGUGGUGGCUGCUCUGCAAGAGGUCGUUGCUGACGAAACCGGGCUGGGCAACGACGUAGUCUUGGUCAACCACUCUAUGGGCGGCAUGGCAGGUUGCAGUGCCGUCAGGGGCUUCACGAGAAAAGACCCCUCAAAACGCAAAAGUGAGAAGUCGGGACACGUAACGGGGUUGAUCCAGAUCACCGCGUGGACACCAAGCGAACACGAAACUUCUCUGGUCAACAUUGGGGAGGACUUUGCGCGCAGGCAUCCGGAGAUAAUGAGAGCUCGCAUAAAACACAAGAUCGAUGACGAAGGCUGGUGCGAGGUGCAGGACGAGGAGGUGGCUGUGAAGUUCUUCUACAACGACAUGCCUCGCGAAGACGCUGCAAAAUGGAGCUCCAAGCUCAUCAAGUUCUCGGCUGCAAUGUUUGGUGCACGUGACUCUGUCUAUGCUGGCUGGCGAGACGUCCCCGUUUGGUAUCUGAUAUGCUCCACGGAUAACGCUAUCAAGAAAGAGCUGCAAGAGGACAUGGUGCAGAAAUGUAGAGCACUCGGUGCAGACAUCACGACAAGGGAAUGCGAGGCUGGUCAUUCGCCCAUGCUGAGUAAGCCUGGGGAGACGGUGGUGUUCAUCGAGGACGCUGUAAGAGCAUUUUAUGCAUGA